AUGAGCUGGGUGGCACUUGUCUACUGGAACCUGGACAUGUUCUUGAGCUUCGUGACCGGCUACUACAAUGCCGGGGUCUUGAUCCUGGACGUGCGGCAGACCAGCAAGAGCUACAUGAGGAGCUGGUUCCCCUUCGACCUUGGACUGCUUAGUAUCGAGUGGGUCCUGGUGGCAAUCACUGCACGCCCGGAGGUCAUCAAGCUCUCGCGCAUGGUCAGAAGCCUCCGCUUCCUCCGCCUGGUGCGGCUGGGGCACUUGUCGAAGGCCGGGUCCUUCAUCGAGCAGAUGGAGGAGCAGAUCACAUCGCAAGUGGCGAGCCUACGAUACAGCCUCGCCAAGAUUGUGUUGCGCUUGCUGCUGAUUAACCACUUGAUCGCCUGCCUGUGGUAUGGACUGACCACCAUCCAGGAAGACACGAACUGGGUCAAGGAGCACGGGUUGCAGAACCAGUCUCCGGGAUACCUCUACGCCACGUCUUUGCACUGGGCCUGCAGCCAGCAAGGCGUCGGUCAGACCAAUAUCGAGGCGGUGACGCUGCCCGAGCGCGCCUCGGGCUUCGGGCUUCGGAGCGCUGGCAUCUUCUCGGUGCUUGUGGCCUUUGGCGCCCUCAUGAUCUUCUCCUCGCUCCUGAGCGCCGUGUCGGCCCUGAUGGCCAACUUGCAGAAGCUGUCGGAUGGGGAGAUCGAGCAGUUCAGGGCGCUGAAGCGGUUCUUCGCCCAGAACAGCAUCGACACGGACCUCGCCCAGCGCAUCACCGGCUUCCUGCAACGCACCUUCAAGGCGAAGACGGACGCCAAGUCCGCGGAAGGCCCUCUGCCCAUGUGGAAUAUGCUUUCGAAGCCUUUGCAAGCGGAGCUUGAGCUUCAGAGGCACAAGGACUGCAUGGAGCACUUGCCCUUUCUCAAGCAGCUGCUGCAACACGACAGCUCCCACAUCGUGCGGGUGCUGAGGGCCGUGGCCGCGUCGAUGAUGUCCCACUCGGUGCUGGCAGACGGAGAUGUGGUUUUCGUGGCCGGCUACAUCGCGCGCGCCUGCUGCUUCAUGUCUGGGGGCACCUACUCCUACACGCUUAGAGAGUCCCAGCACAAAGUUCAAAGACUUUGGGCGGCCGAGAUGAGUCUCUGGACGCCCUGGGUACAUCAAGGGGACCUAAUCUCCAAGAACAUCUCGAGGCUCAUUUCCCUGGAGGUGACGGACUUCUGCGAUUGCAUUGGCCAGACAGUGGAGACGCGCCAGAUGGCAUCAGCACCUCAGACGAUGGGAGACCCGCCCGAGGUCUAUGCGCGGGACUACGUGCAGAUCCUGGCGAAACAACCCUUCUCUGACCUCAUUGCUACCCCGAUGAGCCUGCAGGGUUCUGAGGAGACGCUGA